UCCUAAGUGGCUAAGUGCUCCUUCUCUGUGUGUUGAGUUGCUGUUGAAUUGCUUCCCAUACUUCUAUUUCAUACAAACUGAACAAUUGUGGCCCCUCUAUUUUAUUUAUAAAGGUUCAGUGUAUCUUUGCCUGCCUACAUCAAUCUGCAAGGGAGUUGCAGAAAAGCCUCAUGUUCAUCGAGCCGUGAGUCACAACCAAUUUUUAAAGCUGUUAUAACAAAAGAAAAGUGUUUGCUUUUUUUCACAAGUAACUUUAAAAGCGUAGCUUAGAAAGAAAGAAAGAAAGAAAAAAAAAAACAAAACCAUUUUGAGUAGACACAACAUUAUUCCUGGAUGCUUGCAAAUCCUAAACUAUAUUCAUACGUUAGUGUUACACAUACCUGUGUCAUAUACACAGCUUAGCUUUAAAGUUGUCACAUACCAUUACCACGUUGCCUUUACUUUUAUGUAUCGUUCCCCUGACUUCCUUACUGCAGGUGUGGGCAAGAAAGCUUUUCCUUUAAAACUUUUCAACAGUGGGCAUAAAAUUCUGCAGCUGAGGUCUUGAAGAAUGCAGAUGGGUAUAGUAUAUGUUGGAGCUCGCAGUGUGUAUUGACUAACUUUGUUUCCUUUUUCUUUUUUUCUUUUUUGCUUUUCUGAUAUUGUCUUGUUUAAGUGGCUCCUGAGUGUAAAAUGUCUUCUGAGGGCGGGAGGCGGGUGGGAAGUACGUUUCACGUUCCAGGCCGAGACCUACAAGACUCAUCUUUGCACGGCCUUGGAAAACACACUGCAUACUUGGCUUUGAGACCAAACGGACUGCUGUCUUAAUUAUCAGAUCAGCAAGUAGCAGUUGCCUAGACAAACUGUCCAGCACAGCCUUGUUUCGUGAUUCCUGACCCUCCGAUAGCAUGGGUUUCAGUAUCUCCUGCCCCUUCAGCCCAGUAAAAAAAAGAAAACAAAAGGCAGGGGGGUGGUGAAAAAAAGGCAAGCAUUGGCUGCGAGCCAGAGUGUCUGUCUCCUUUUUUCUCUGGCUGUGCUGUCUCUUUACAUGGAUGACAGGCCUUGGACGUUACUUGGCUCGCCAACACCGCGUUUAACACGGUGUACUGGGUGAAUAAAUGCUAAAAUAGUAUUUUUUUUUUGCCACUUAGAAGUUUUCCAGAAUAUCCUGCUACCCUAUAAGCAUUUUCAAGUAAUUUGGGGGAGCAGGAACACCAACUGUUUUAAUCUGCAUAUUGAGGUGAAAUGAUCAUACCGGCGUCUUUGUUACCUUACCAGUAUUCUAAUGUCUCCUUAUUUAAAACCACAAAUGAAUUUCAGGAGAUGAAACCAGACAAAGGGUGAAGUUUACAGAUGAUCGUGUCUGCAAGAGCCACCUCCUGGAUUGCUGUCCUCACGAUAUCCUGGCAGGAACACGAAUGGACCUGGGAGAGUGUACAAAGAUCCAUGACUUGGCAUUGAGGGCAGACUAUGAGAUUGCAAGUAAAGAGAGAGACCUGUUUUUUGAGCUGGAUGCUAUGGAUCACCUGGAAUCCUUCAUUGCAGAGUGUGAUAGGAGAACAGAACUGGCUAAGAAACGCCUGGCUGAGACCCAGGAAGAGAUCAGUGCUGAAGUGUCUGCAAAGGCAGAGAAAGUACACGAACUGAAUGAAGACAUUGGAAAACUCCUAGCUAAAGCUGAACAGCUGGGAGCUGAAGGAAAUGUUGAUGAGUCUCAAAAGAUCCUGAUGGAAGUGGAAAAAGUCCGAGCAAAAAAGAAAGAGGCAGAGGAAGAAUACCGAAAUUCAAUGCCUGCAUCCAGCUUCCAACAGCAGAAGCUGCGUGUGUGUGAAGUCUGUUCAGCGUAUCUUGGUCUCCAUGACAAUGACCGGCGUCUUGCUGACCACUUUGGAGGCAAAUUACACUUGGGUUUCAUUCAGAUUCGUGAGAAGCUGGAUCAGCUGCGGAAAACAGUGGCAGAAAAGCAAGAGAAGAGAAACCAGGAUCGUUUGAGACGGAGAGAAGAGAGAGAACGAGAGGAGAGAAUGGGCAGACGGUCUGGAUCAAGAAAUAGAGAUCGUCGAAGGUCACGGUCUCGGGAUAGGAGGCGGAGGCGCUCGAGGUCAGCUUCCCGUGAACGGCGGAAGUCUCGCUCCAGGUCCCGAGACCGGCACAGGCGCCACCGGAGCCGUUCCCGCAGCCACAGCCGAGGUCACCGGCGGGGGUCCAGAGACAGGAGUUCAAAACACAAAAAAGAAGUUUGGACAAUUAGGAAGUGAGGAAGACCCUGUAAUAACUAUUACUAAAGAGCAGAUCUUCUAGAGAUCGAUCUUCAAGAGAGAAGUCCCGAGACAGAGA